CAAUUUCCUCUACCCACUUUCUUCCUCCUUGUUUCUUGCGCCUCCACCAUGACUAUCCCUCUCGCUACACCUGCUCUCGACAUCGAACUCCCGCGUCCUAAAGACGUUGGUGUCCUUGCUAUGGAGGUUUACUUCCCUCGUCGCUGUGUCUCUGAGAGUGACCUUGAAGUAUUCGACGGCGUCUCAAAGGGAAAGUACACCAUUGGUCUUGGCCAGGAGUACAUGGCUUGGCCAGAUGACCGCGAGGAUAUAAAUUCCUUCGCGCUCAAUGCUGUCUCUGGUUUACUUGAAAAGUACAACAUUGACCCCAAGUCCAUUGGUCGCAUCGACGUAGGUACAGAAACCCUCAUCGACAAAUCAAAAUCUGUGAAGACCACCCUUAUGGACCUCUUCGCUGAGUCUGGGAACUUCGACAUCGAGGGUAUCGACUCUAAAAACGCGUGCUAUGGUGGAACCGCCGCUCUCUUCAAUGCCAUUAAUUGGGUUGAAUCGAGCUCCUGGGACGGACGCAAUGCUAUCGUUGUCGCUGGUGACAUUGCCGUCUACGCUGAGGGUGCAGCUCGUCCUGCUGGCGGUGCUGGUGCUUGCGCCAUCCUUAUUGGGCCUAACGCCCCAGUUGUAUUCGAACCCAUCCACGGAAGCUACAUGGCGAACACUUACGACUUCUAUAAGCCCAACUUGUCUUCCGAGUACCCCGAGGUCGACGGCCCUGUCUCUGUUGUGACAUAUGUCGCCGCACUAGACGCGGCCUACAAUAUAUUCAGGGAAAAGGUCGGAAGAGCAGCAAAACGCGGUGUUGUCAAUGGUCACGCCUCAUCAUCUGAGCCUGCGUUCUCUUUGGAGGAUGUCGACUACGCCAUCUUCCACAGCCCCUAUGGCAAGCAAGCUGUCAAAGGCCACGCCCGCUUGCUCUACAACGACUUCAUCAGUAAUCCAAAAGCUCCCCGCUUCGCCGGAAUCCCUGAUCCCGAAUCACUUCUCUCUGCCACCCAUGCUGCAUCACUGACUGACAAAAACGUCGAGAAGACCUUUGUUGCUGCAUCAAAAGCAUCAUUCAAACAGAAAUCUGAUCCCGGCAUGGCCUGCUCUCGCCGGUUGGGAAACAUGUAUACUGCUUCGUUGUACGGCUGCCUGGCGUCACUGUUAGCCACCGUCGAGCCCGCACAGCUCAAGAGCAAACGAGUCAGUUUGUUCUCGUUCGGGAGCGGCUGUGCUUCCAGCUUCUUCACCCUCCGUGUUAAGGGGGAUACAAGUGAAAUCAAGGAAAAGAUGCAGUUGAUUGAACGCCUGUCGACGAUGAGCGUCGUUCCUCCUGAAGAGUUUGUUGCUGCGCUCGCUCUCCGGGAGAAGAACCACAAUGCGGCCAACUACACACCCGAGGGUCUUGUGGAGAACAUCUGGCCUGGGGCUUACUACCUGGACAGUGUCGAUGCCAAAUACCGACGAAAAUACGUCAGGGCUCCUCUCACUGCUUGAAUAUCAAGUUUUCUCUACUAUACCCCAUCGUAUAUCCCAUCAUCUUCGAUCUUCCUGCAUGUUUAAAAACUUUACUAUCAUUACUUGUAAUUACUACUCGUCAAAAUGGGUUGUAUUUAUAUGCCUUAACCGUCGCCCCAUUCAUCGCA